AUGAGACCAUCGAUUCAGCCUGGUAGCAGUGCAGGUGGUGGUGGUGUGGGAUCAAAGCGAAAGGUGGCAGCAACUGUCACUGAGAACACAGGGGCUCAGCUAAGCCGCUCCAAGAUGUCUCGCGACAAUCUUGAACAGAGCAAAGAUAGUAUGGACAGAGGUGAUGUCACUAUGGGCAAGGAGAAAGGCAUCCUUGAAGGGAAAGAUCCAACACAGGUCAGUAAGAAGGAGUUGGAGCAGGCUGUUCGUGAUGCAUCCACCCCUCAGGAGCUCUUUGGCAACCUUUCAAGUUCUGCCAUGAUCGAACAAAUCUUUAGUUGGUUUGGUGAUGGUACCUUGGACGUUCCAUGGUACUUUCUCAAUGGUGUUGGGCAGAUGAUGCCUUCAGUCGUUGCAUCUCCGCACAACCGUCCUCUCCAGGAAACAACUGUGGAGGAAUAUCAGGAGAGAAUGUUGAAGGAUGGAUAUCACCAAGAUGUUGCAGGUGCUGCCUGGUUUCAGUACCAGAGCCCGGAAAAGCAGCUUCCAGUGGAAGCAAUCACAUUCAAUCACCGGCGUGAAGCCUUCUACCGUGCUGACAAGGAAUCUCCAGAUGCCCCGCCAAUGGUUUCGACAAAGGCAACUGGAUUGAAACAAUGCAAGAUGCUCAUGUCGACGACUCCUGUGUACCUGAUCAAAGAGCUGGUCAAAGUUCACAAUUUGUCCCACAUUGGCAGUGGCGUCAACAUCUGGGAUCUGAUUGACCAUGCCCUUGACAUCGAGAAGGCAUGGACGGUUCACUGCAGAGAACGAGGAAUAACAUCUGCAAAUGGUGGUGCCUAUGCCAAGCUGUAUGAGGAAUACCUGAUGUCACGGACAGACAAAUUCACAUCGUGGAAGCCUUACGAGGCUUGCAAAGCCCUUGCACAUCGCUUGGAGGACUAUCAGAUCAGCAAGGUCUUCAGAGACUGGUGCCAGUGUCACAUGAGCUUCUUGGAUUCUCGCAUGAACUUGAUGCACACAAUCAACACCAUGCACACGGCAGUGAACAUCAUCUCUACAUUGAUGAAGCGCUUCUAUGACAAACGGCUCAUUGGUCAAGUCAUGCUGGAGACCUUGAAGCUGACAGUUCCAAGCAAGCCACGUGGCAACCAAAGAGUUCUUGAAUGGUGUUUGAACAAGUCACCAGCCGAAAAUGGUGUCAUCAUCAAUUUGAUGAACAUUCCAAUGGGUGCAAGUGCUACUUUCAGGAAGCUGUCACAAGCCAAAGACCGGUUUAUUGCAAAGCUUUCCAAAGAAGCCAAAGAUCCUUCAGAACAUCAACAGAAGAGAGCUCGACGAGAAGAAGAACCUGAUGCGCAUGGUGAUCGCAUUCUAGAAUCCGCUUCAAAAGAUGGGUUGGUGGCAAAGCUGUGUGAAAAAUCUCCUGAUAGCAACAUCAAGGAAGUGAGACCAGGUGAUGUUAUGCAGGAGGAAGCCAUUCGUUUCGUGGAUUCAGUGAAAACACUGGAUUCUGAGGAUUCCCGACCGAAGACUGCAUUGGAUGAUGUGCUUCAUUGUCUUCAAGCUGCAACUUGGCUUGGAUGCGUUUGGAUCAAACAGCUCAGUGCACAGGAUCUGGUCAUUGCCGUGUACGAGCGUCAGGGCAUUCAGAUCACACCUGGUGUGAUUGAAGCCUUGCAGAAGACCCACGACUAUGCUCUAUCCAUCUUUCUUGAGUUCAUGCUGAAUGUUGACGGAAAGUGCGUGAGCGUGUCAGGUAAAUCAUUCAGAAUCUACUCAGCAUUGCGAUGGGAGCUGAUGUGCUUUUUCAUCAACACUCACAUGAUGGUUGCAUCUGACUUGAACCAGAACCAGAACUCUUCUCAGACUGAACAUGGCCCUGGUCCAGUUGAUCCUUUGAAGUUGGCUGAGAGACUGUGUACAAGACUUACCAGCGCACCAGUGCAUGAAAUCAUCCAUGACGAAGAGGACCACACAGUCAUUCGCAUUGCCCAGUUCAUGCUGCAGAAAGAUCUCAGGGAGGAACUUGGAUGCUUCAUUGCAUCAGAAAUGAGCAUGCCAUUUCACAUGCAUUCGGCGCACCGGGCUUUGUGGCUUGCAGUUGUCAGAGCAAACAAGGGCACCACCACUGCUUUUUCCCUGCCGGAGCUCUUGGAAGUGUUUCAAGCUGUGGUUCAGGAAAUUCUGAAACCGGCAUGGCUUGCUUUCGCAGCAGAUUGUGCUGAUAAUUUCGUCAGCCGUGGUCAUUUCAUUGAGAAGGCUGAUGAUGUUUGGAAAUCAUCAGCUACCUUGAAUGAGUUUGUUUCCUUGCGCAUGAAGUACUUGAUCCACUUGCUUUCCCAAACGCUGUCUGCUGCAGAAGCCGGCCAUAUCAACUUCGAAGCCAAUGCAAUCUCAAAAGCUGCGCUCAAGAUCUUCGUUUCGAUUGACUUGCAGGAUUCUAGCCUUCAAAUGCUAUCAGUGCUUGACAUGUUGAGCGCUUCUGGAGAUGCAUGGCCAAAAGUAUGGUCAGAGGCAUUGCAGAAGAAGUGUUCCCCUCAGGAUGUUGCUAGCUUUGUUGCUGACACCUUGCAGCUUGACAUCAAAGCGCUUCAGGACAAAUGGAGUGCACCCAAAAACUCCAAGGUCUCUGAUGGUGGUGAUGAUCAUCAGACCCGACACUUUGCAGAAGGUGAUGGUGAAGAUGCUCAAAACCGGUCGGCGCAUGAAAGCAAGAUCGACAAAAACAAGCAACAGGAAGAUGAACCUGAUGCCGAGUUUGACUCCAGCAACAGACCUUUCAGUCUGGGCAGGCUGAUGCUGUUCAGCGGCACAAGCGGCAGUGACCUUUUUGAUUGCAGCCCGGAAGCCUUGGAACUUGGCUAG